AUGACCCUAACACGCAGCAUGAGAGUGAACCAACUAACCACAUAUACCAUAUAUACUUUCAUCUUCGUUAGUUCGACGCUUGCCAUCUGGGAUCCGACGUCAAUCCUCCCCUCACGUCAACAACGACUCCUUGAGCACCAAGAGCGUCAGGCAAUGUUGGACAAGAUGUUGUCUGGGAUCGUCCGGCCACAGCAAACAGCGCCAGAGGAGGACGUGAGCUCCAACAGCAAUGAUAGCCCUAUUAUCUCAGAUGUGCUGCCGAAGACCAAGGCCAUCAACACCUUUGCACGUUUGACCCGUGACUUUGACGCAAUCGCCAGUCGACUCAACGACGGCUCCAAAAACAUGACAGUUCUUGCACCCCGCAACAGUGCGAUCCAGAAUCUUCCCCGAAAGCCUUGGGAAAAUCCAGCAGACUAUGAGAAGUUCGGUGAGGUAAAUGCGUAUGAAGGCUCAGACGGUCAGGACCGGGCAAAGCGUAAUCUACAACGAUUUGUCGAAGCCCAUCUCAUUCCUGUCAGCCCUUGGAGAGUUGGAGAGGAAGUGGAGACACUCGCAGGGGAGAAGCUGAAGUGGACCAAAGAGGGUGACAAGAUGUUUAUCCAACCUGGCAAUAUCGAAGUCGAUUCGGUUGCAGAGAAGGUUCACAAUGGCGAAAUUUGGGUGUUGAACGAUGUGAUCAACUACCGCCAGGGCUGA